AUGGCGUCCUCUACUGCUGUGCCUGUAGGAUUUCACUAUGAAACAAAGUAUGUAGUUCUCAGCUACCUGGGACUUUUGUCACAAGAGAAGCCUCAGGAGCAUCCUCCUCCUUCAACGCAAGGGACUCAACAACAGCUUAUUGCACAACAUGCUUUGGAGAAAGAAGCUUUGGAGAAGAUUAAAAUAGAAAUUGAGGAGGAGCUAAAACAUCUUGAUGAAGAAAUCUUGGAAGCAUUUACCACUACAGGAUUUGACUGCCACACUUCCCCAGUGUUCAGUCCUGCCAACCCAGAGAGCUCAAUAGAAGACUGCCUGGCUCAUUUGGGGGAAAAAGUGUCCCAGGAAUUUAAAGAACAUCUGCACAAAGCACUGCAGAGCUUGCUUAGCAAGCCGGUGACGUAUCAAGAAUAUCGAGAGCGCACACAAGAGACAGCUGCCCACGCCAGUGGAUGGAAUAAGGUCUUGGUACCCCUGGUUCUGCUACAGCAAUUUCUGAUGGAGUUAACCAGACGGGGCCAGGAACCACUGAGUGCACUUGUGAACUUCGGGGUGACAUAUCUAGAAGACUAUUCAGCAGAUUAUAUCAUUCAACAAGGAGGAUGGGGGACAGUCUUUACUUUGGAAUCCGAAGAGGAGGAGUACCCCGGGCUCAUCGCGGAGGACAGCAAUGACAUCUACAUCCUGACCAGUGACAACUCGGGGCAGGUGAGCCCCCCGGAGUCCCCCACGGUGACCACGUCGUGGCAGUCGGAGAGCCUGCCCGUGUCCCUGUCAGCGAGCCAGAGCUGGCACACAGAGAGCCUGCCGGUCUCCCUGGGACCCGAGUCCUGGCAGCAAGUGGCCAUGGAUCCUGAAGAAGUCAAAAGCCUGGACAGCAACGGUGGGGGUGAAGAGAGGAGCGAGAACAACUCUUCCAACUCAGAUAUCGUUCACGUGGAGAAGGAAGAGAUUCCGGAGGGGAUUGAGGAGGCAGUGGUGGCAGCCGGCGCUGCACAGACCGUGCAGGCAGUGUUUCCAGAACCCCCUGCUCCUUCACAGGAGGUAAAACCUCCAGCUGAAAUUGCUGCUGCUGAAAAAGCACAUCCCUCCGCACUGCUGCGUGCAAAACAGGAGGAAAAGGGAAAAGCGGCUGAAGAGCUUGUUGAACCUGAAACCCCCGUACUAAGUAAACCUGUCCCAAAGUUAGCCCCAUCAGAAGAAAAAGCUGCACCAGAACCUGAGAAAAUACUGCUUCCAGGGGAAAAAAAAGUGGGGAAAGAGGGCCGAUUGGAAGAAAUGGAAGAGAAACCCUCCGCUGCAGAGGAGAAGCCUAUCCUACUGCCAGAAGGGAAAUCUAUAUUGCUGUAUGGUGGGGCUGCUGCGGUGGCCAUACUUGCUGUAGCAGUUGGAGUAGCGCUGGCGCUUAGGAAAAAGUAAGGGGGCUCUCGUGAGGAAGAGGAGGAGGAGGAGGGGGGAGAGAGAAGAGAGCACGAUCCCAUUUUUGUAGUUGUGUUACCUAAAGGUUGAGCUGCCUGCUGUUUAACUGGACGUUUGAGUAACUUACUGGUGAUGGGGUGAGGUCGUUCAGUAAGCCUCCAGCUAUGGACAAUCAUGUUUUUAGUAGAAUUGGGGCGGGGACUGGUUUUUCGUGAUUAAAGUACAGGGGUAUUUUUAAAAAAAAAAACAAUAAAUUCUGCAAAU